GAGAGAGAGUGAGAUGUGUCGUUAAUGGUGAAGUUGCGGCUGAAGCGGAAGCCACGUCAGUGAGUCCUGCUGCUUUUGGACAACUUUCGACAAACAUAACUACUCACAUCGCCGCUUCUUAACUAACACCUCAAUCAAACCAAACAUUCAUUCACACAAAAUUCCUUCUCCAAAAUAAUUCCCUUUGAUCUCAACGAGAAAUAGGAAUAAAAAACGCCAUAGAUUAGAUUAGCUAGAAAAGGUUCGAAUUGGGAGAAAUGAAGAAACUCUUGAUGUCUGUUUCGUCUAAAUUCUCUUACCAACCCUCCAAAAUUCGUGUUGCUCAAUUCAGGUUUUACUGCGAUCGCCCACCUUCUUCUCUCUCCAACCACCCUGGGCCGCUUGCUUAUUAUAAGAGUCUCGUUAAUCAAGGGAAGUUGAAACAUGAUUCUUAUCAGGAAAAGGUUGCUUUUCAGCUGGAGAAUUUGCUCGGGAGGCUCGACCAGUAUGAGAAAGAUAUGGAGGAAUACCACGUAAACCUUGCUAAAUGGGAAGAGAAUCGAGAAAAUGAGAGACGGAGACUUUUGUUGGAGGAAGCCAAAACAAAACAGCAGGGAGGUGCAUCAUCAUCUAUGAGCAGGCGACGGAAGUUUCUGAACAAGUGGCUCUCACGAAAUCCUGAUAGUGUUGAGCCUGGCGUGGGGAAGUGGGUGUCAUAUCUGAACAGAGAAAAGAAACUAGAUUUGAUGGUUGGACAACGUCCUACUGCUCCACCAGCCCCAAAAGGAUUGUACAUUUAUGGAAACGUUGGAAGUGGAAAGACAAUGCUCAUGGACAUGUUUUACGGUGCCACAGAGGGAAUUGUUCAACAUCGGACACGGCUUCAUUUUCAUGAGGCUAUGCUUCAAAUUCAUGAUCUCAUGCAUAAAGUGUGGAAGAGUCGAAAGACGGAGGAGUCUUUUCAAUCUAGCAUUUCCAACUGGGUUAUGAGUCUUCCAUUCGAUACAAAAGUUAAGGAAUGGCUGGUUGAAGAAGAGAAAUAUAAGCAAGAGAUGAAUAUGAAAAACAUUCUUCCAGCUGUUGCCGACAAGUUUCUCACUGAUGCACAAGGACAUCGAAGAGGAGCUAGUAUUCUUUGCUUUGACGAAAUACAGACAGUUGACGUAUUUGCUAUUGUGGCCUUAUCUGGAAUCGUGAGCAGAUUAUUGAGCACGGGAACUGUUCUUGUGGCUACAAGUAAUCGCGCUCCAAGGGAUUUAAAUCAGGAUGGCAUGCAAAAAGAGAUAUUUGAAGACCUUCUGGUCAAGAUGGAGGAGCACUGUGAAAAUAUUCUGAUUGGAAGCGAAAUUGAUUACCGGCGUCACAUAGCACUAAGUUCAAUUGAUCAGACUCAUUACUAUUGGCCUCUCGAUAGCACCAAAACGAAGGAAUACGAAAGUAUGUGGAACAAGAUUGUUAAAGAGUCUGGAGGGAGGGUCACUUCUCAAACUCUUCCGAUGAUGUUUGGAAGAACAUUGGAAGUCCCUCAGAGCUGCAACGGGGUGGCACGGUUCACAUUUGAAUAUCUAUGUGGUCAACCGAUCGGGGCAGCUGAUUAUAUUGCUAUUGCCAAAACCUUCCAUACUGUCUUCAUAGCAGAUAUUCCUGUUAUGAGUAUGCGUAUCCGAGAUAAGGCAAGAAGGUUUAUCACCCUCGUCGAUGAGCUGUACAAUCACCAUUGUUGCCUAUAUUGUUCCGCUGCUGCUUCCAUAGAUGAUCUAUUCCAAGGAACCGAAGAGGGUGUCUUGUUUGAUUUAGAAAGCUUUCAAUUUGAAACAGAAACAGAAAGCACGAAACUCAGACGAGAUGUUUCCUCAGAAGGCAGUGUGAGCACAGGAGGAACACCCACCGCGAUUAUUUCCCUUCUGUCUGGUCAAGAGGAGAUGUUUGCAUUCAGAAGAGCUGUUUCGCGUCUGAUUGAAAUGCAGUCGUCGUUAUACCUUGAAGGCGUACGCUACAUUCAUCCUUAUUACCAGGGAAAGGAACGAGGUUCGGAGAUAGACAUCACAAAUACCAUUCUUUCUUAAGAUGCAAUCCUUAUCGUAAUUCGUGCAUUGCACGGGUGCUAAAUACUCGACUUCAUUCUCAUUUGUCGAACUAUCCGACCAUUUUGAUCGGAUAGUAGAUUGAAAUAAAUGUCUUACAUGUGCGAUGCUUCGCAGACUUGAUCUUGAAAGUGUUGGUGAAAUUCGAUUCGAUUCGUGACUUCUCAGUCACGAACUCAUAUUUUUUCACAUAAGCUAAGAUCUAUUAGUACGUGACCCUAUCAUUAAAUUUGGAGAUUAGCAACUUCUUAAUACAUAUAGUUUCAUAUACUAUAUAGAUAGAUAUAUUUCACUUGUAUUGGAUACAAUAUAUUUGUAUGGUUAAAAUUGAAGUUUCCUACCUUAUUGAAAUUGAGAUUGUGUCA